AUGUACACACGAGUGCGGCUCGCCGCCAUGGCUGCGCGGCCGCUGGCGCGAGCAUCAACACCCCUCCGGCCUUGUCUCGUGAGCCGCAGCCGGGCUCUGCGUCGCAUCAACCACACAGCUCUUCAACAAGCCAUCGCCGGGAGAGCAUGCGCGAGCACGAUAGCGGCGCCCUCGCCUGAUCCUGUGGCACCGGCUGCCGAGGAUGCCACGGAAAACACGAUUUCAGAGGAAAAGGAUACUGGCCACUUCGAGGUAAAGGACAAUGAAGCCAUCCUCUUCUUCGACAACAUCUUCCCUCUCAAAAUUAUCAACGUGUUGCGAAGAAACGAGAGCGACACCGAGCUAGCAGAUUUGAUGCGUCGCUUCGAUAGCUCGCGGCUCGGCAUCAUGGAUCCAAUUCGUCUGGUCAAGAUGGCUAUCCCCGAGGACAUGCCCAUCAAAGUCACGGAGAUUUUGCCACGCUUCAAGGAUGGCGGCGCCUUUGUCAAGUUUCGAUAUAGCUCUGAGCUUGACCCUGCCGACAUUGAAUCAACACUGAAGAAGAGGCUCAAGGAGAAACCGCUCAAGCCCUGGUUUAACCCGUUCCGAGGUAUUCAGGCUCGUCUGGUUAGAGGCACUCCUUGGCUGGAGGACUUGCACCGAUACCCAUCUAGCGUCCUACGAGUCGAAUUCGUGCCCGCCGAAGUUGGCAAGACGCCAGAAACGCUCCCCGAGGAAGUCUUGUACAGCGUCUUUCGUCGAUACGGAAAAAUCGCCGAUAUUAUCCCCCAGUCUGCAGACUCCAAAGAGAUUCCCAAAUACGCCAACAUUGGCUUCCCGCUUCUGCGUGAUGCCAUUAUGGCACGAAACUGCGCGCAUGGAUAUGUCGUCCCCGAGUCUCAAGGCGGCGGCGCGGCUGGAACGAUGCUCCGCAUUGCCUACGUCAAGCGAGUCAAGGGCCACAAUAUCUGGAAUUGGAUAACGAGCCAUCCACGCAUUGUGUUCCCAAUCAUCGCCGCUCUCCUCGCUGGCUUUUCAGUCCUCAUCUUUGACCCUAUUCGACAAUUCUUCAUCCGCCUACACAUUCAGCAUUCAUUCAACUUCAGCGAGUCAAGACUAUACAAAUGGUUCCAAAGCCACCGACAGUCGUUUUCCUUUAGCGGACGUCGUGAGCAGUGGGAUAACUUGAGCGGCGUGAUAUGGAACCAUCGCUUGGACGUCAUCAGCCAGCUGCGGGAGUGGCUCGACGUGACUUCAGACAAUUUCAUCGUCGUUACUGGACCAAGAGGCUCCGGCAAGGUCGAGAUUGUUAUGAAGAAGGCUCUUGAAAACCGCAGAGACGUUGUGCUGAUUGAUUGCAAGCCCAUUGUCGAAGCGCGUGGCGAGUCGAGCAUGAUUGGAAGACUUGCUUCUGCGGUUGGCUACCGACCUGUCUUUUCCUGGGCCAACAGCGCGAGCAGCAUGAUUGAUCUCGCUGUCCAGAGCACCACUGGUGUCAAGGCGGGAUUCUCCGAGACUCUCGAGUCGCAGGUCACUAAAAUCCUGUACACUGCCGCAAGUGCGCUCAAGGACGUGGCGUUGUCCGGCAGAUCUAGCAAAGAAAAGGACGGCAGCAGCUCGGAGGAUGCUUGGCUCGAAGCUCACCCAGAACGAAGACCAGUGAUCGUGAUCGAUAACUUCCUGCACAAGAGUGACGAGCAGGGGAUCAUCUAUGACAAGAUCUCAGAGUGGGCAGCGUCUCUGGUUCAAAACCACGUCGCGCAAGUCAUUUUCUUGACCAGCGAGAACGCCUAUUCCAAGCCGCUGACCAGAGCUCUGCCUGACCGUGUCUUCCGCACCGUUUCCCUUGGAGACUUGGAUCAUGGAGUAGCGAAGAAGUAUAUCAUGGGCCGUAUCCAAAACGAGCGCGAAGCUGCAGAAGAGCGGAAGGAGAAGGAGGACGACAACAAGACUGGCGCGCCCAACCUUCGUGGCCUUGAUACCGCCAUCGAAACACUUGGCGGCCGCUUGGUGGAUCUCGAAUCCCUUGCCCGCCGCAUCCAGGCUGGCAUGAGCCCGCGUGAUGCGACUGAUGAAAUCGUCACCGAGAGCGCCGUGGACAUUGUCAAGAUGUUCCUCCUCAGCAAGGGCAGCGACGCCGCCGAAAAGAAGUGGUCCACCGCUCAAGUCUGGCACCUCGUUAAAGGCCUGGCCAAGGACUCGUCCCUCAUCUACAACCAAGUCCUCCUCUCGCCGACCUUUUCCUCUUCCACCAGCUCGUCCGCCAGCGAUGGCGAGGCGGCCCUCGAGUCCCUCGCCGCCGCGGAGCUCAUCUCCAUCCGCUCCGACCGCGGCCACCCGCGCCUCAUCACCGCCGGCAAGCCCCUGCAGCAGGCGGCGUUUGCGCGCAUGAUCAACGACCGCGUGCUCGUGGCCAAGAUGGACUUGGCACAGGAGAAUGAACUCGCCAAGAUUGAGGCCAAGAAGAUUGCCGCAGCGGAGAAUGAGCUGUCGCUGCUCGGCAGCCUGCCGCGCCAGACGAGCGAGUCGGCGGGUCGCAUACAGUAUCUGCUCGUGCAGAUUGACACUUCGCAGCGCAAGAUUGAGGACCUGGACAAGCAAAUGGCUGCCUGUAAGAAGGUUCUGAGUGAAGAGGUCUAG